ACAACAAUAACUACAAUAAUUUUUGGAUUCAUCAAAAACCCAAAUUGAUGCCUUCUUCUUCUUUCAAUAAAGAUUGUUAAAGCUUCAAACUUUACUUGAUUCCUUGUACAUCCAACACUUUUUUACCUCAAUUUGAAAGUGGGUUUUGAUGCAUUUUUACUAUUUCAGUCUUUAUCAAGAAAAAGAGUAACACAGUCACACAUAAAUUGGACAGAAUAGUGGAAGAAAAGGAGAUGAAGCUGGUAAACGAGAUUAUGCGUUCUUCAGAAUCACUAGCAGUGAAUGAUUUCUCCUCAGAUGCUUGUUAUUCUCAAGCAACAGAUGAAGUUGAUAAGAGGAUAGAUACGGGUAAUAUUGAAGAAGCCGAGUCAUCUCUUCGUGAAAAUGGUUCUUUAAACUUUGAGGAAGCAAGAGCAUUGUUAGGGAGGUACGAAUAUCAAAAGGGAAAUAUAGAAGCCGCUCUUCACGUGUUUGAAGGGAUAGAUAUAGCCACAGCAAUUCCAAAGAUGAAGAUUAGCCUUGUCCAAAGAGCCGAAACUCGUAAAAAACUUUCCCAUAGUUAUGCGGAGCCGCCAUUGUCGAUACAUGCUGUUGGUUUACUCCUCGAGGCAGUUUAUUUAAAGGCAAAAUCGUUGCAAGUUCUUCAAAGGUAUAAAGAAGCUGCUCAAUCGUGCAAAAUUAUUCUAGACAUAAUCGAAUCCUCAUUACCUGAAGGCUUGCCUGAUAACUUUGGCGCUGACUGUAAAUUGCAAGAAACUCUAAACCAUGCAGUUGAGUUACUUCCAGAGUUAUGGAAACUUGCGGGUUCACCCCAAGAAGCAGUUUUGUCUUUCAGACGGGCCCUACUUCAUCACCAAAAGCUAAAUGCAGAAACAACCGCAAAAAUUCAGAAAGAUUUUGCCCUUUUUCUUCUUUAUAAUGGAGGCGAAGAAGCUAUCCCCCCAAAUUUAAGAUCCCAAAUGGACACUUCAUUUGUGCCAAAAAAUAACAUUGAAGAAGCGAUUUUACUUCUAAUGAUAUUAUUAAGAAAGGUUUCUUUGAAGAUGAUCAAGUGGGACCCAAUGAUUUUAGAUCAUCUUUCUUAUGCCUUAUCUAUUUCUAAUGGACUAGGAGCUAUGUGUUCACAGCUAGAAGAGUUGCCUGCAGGAAUUAUUGACAAUAAAGAACGAUACCUUCUUUUAGCCCUAUGUUACCAUGAACAAGGUGAUGAUUCAUCUGCUUUACAGUUAUUAAGAAAUAUAUAUAAACACGAUGAUUCACAUUGUGGGCCUGCUUUACUGUUGGCCUCAAAAAUUUGUGGCGGAGAUUCAAAUUCUUCCGAAGAAGGUGUAACUACUGCUAGAAGGGCCAUUCGGGAGUUAGAAACAAGAUGUGAUGAGAUGGUUGGUGUUGCUUAUUAUUUAUUAGCAAUUUCAAUGUCGGUUAACUGUAGAUUUGCUAUUAGUGAUCAUGAAAGAGUCGAGAAACAAUCUGAGGUGAUUCUUUGUUUAGAAACAGCGGGGAUAAUGACGGGAAUGAAUGAUUCAAGAAUUCUUUAUAAUUUGAGUUUAGAAAAUGCUGAGCAGAGGAAGUUGGAUGCUGCUCUCGGCUAUGCAAAACGCUUGACUAAAUUGGAAGGUGGGUCUAGUGUUAAAGGUUGGAUCCUAUUGGCCAGGAUAUUGUCUGGUCAAAAACGGUUUUUGGAGGGUGAAACAGUCAUUAACGCUGCUCUAGAACAAACCGGGAAAUGGGAUCAAGGAGAAUUGUUAAGAACUAAAGCAAGGCUUCAGGUUGCACAGGGUCAAAUAAAGUAUGCCAUCCAGACGUAUACACAGAUUCUUGCUGUUCUUCAAGUUCAGAAUAAAAGUUUCCGAUCUCAUAAAAAGAACCAUGAGAUUGGUGGAAAGCAUCUUCGAAGUUUGGAAAUGGAAAUAUGGCAUGAUCUAGCUAUGGUUUAUAUGAAGUUAUCCCAAUGGCGUGAUGCAGAGGCUUGUCUUUUGAAAUCGGAGACGAUUGAUUACUACUCAGCUUCUCGAUUGCAUAUCACUGGUUUACUCUAUGAAGCAAAGGGUCUCGAGAAAGAAGCCCAAAAAGCUUACGAACUUGCUUUAGAUGUGGAUCCUUGUCACGUGCAAAGUCUUGUUUCGAUGGCUGUGAUUACCCAGCGAGCAGGAGGCAAAUCGGCUGCUACAGCCAAAAGCUUCUUGACAGAAGCAUUAAGGCUAGACAGGCUGAACUCUUCUGCUUGGUAUAAUCUUGGCUUGUUUUACAAAGACGAUGGUCCCAUGUUCACAAGGGAAGCUGCCAAUUGUUUUGAGGCAGCAAGCAUACUCGAAGAGACCGAACCAAUUGAGCCUUUUAGAUAACUACCAUCACAUUGUUGAUACGAGUUAUUUAUUUAUUUUAUUUAUCAUUGUUUCAAUAUGUACAUUAUAAAACUGAGAAACGCAACCAACGGGCCAGAGCAAUUUUUUUGUGAAGUGUCACAUUCACUUUGCUUAAGCAAAUUAAACUUA